AUUGCACAUGCGCACUUCUGACCCACGAAAAAGCGUCGAAAAUGGCGGAAUCUUUGAGGCGACUUGUGAACAUCGGUACAUUUACUGUACUCCAGGAGAAACUAGAGCGAUGGCUGGACAAUUACUACAUAAAUACAUGUGAUCAAAAUGUAGCCAGGUGCUGUGAAAUAAUAGAACUCAAUGCCAAAGUUCAAGGACAGCUGUUCAAACUCCUACAGGUCACUGCUGAGUCAGGUGGCAUGUAUGGAGGGGCCAGUAUCAUCAAGUCCCGCCUCUUGCCGUUCCUGGGUCAGAAUUUCUUCACCUCGGGAGGGUCAGUCACCGCCGAUACAAGCCUCAGUGUCCUCGCUGAGGCAGCUGCCAAGAACCGUGAAAUUGACGACCUGCAGGACAUGUACGAGACCUCACUCAACGAACUGGAGGCAGACCUCAAGGACAAGGAAGCAGAGAACCAGGACCUCAGAGAUGAACUUCUUGACGCAAAGACUGAAUUAGACCGCAGCACUCGUACAUCAACCAGCGACAAGAUAUUCCUCGAAAAUGAGAACCGAGAUCUUCGCAGAAAACUAGCAUUAGCGGAAGAUGAAGUGCGAACAUUGCGAUCAAAAGCGGGCAUGAUGACCGAUUACGAAACUCAGAUUCGUCACUUACGUGACGAUAUCGCUCUUCUGACGGCCCGCCGAGAUUCCCUGUAUCGGUCCACUUCCAGCUUCGCUAAGGACGACAGUAUUUUGUCCUCCACUAUUCGGGAGGAGAAGAAGCCUGGGCUAGCUGAUGCCCAGGACGAAAUUCACAAACUGCGCUCUAAGGCAGGUCUGGUUGAUGAUUAUGAGAGACAGGUUAGAAACCUGAGGGAUGAGCUGUCCCUAGCCUCCACCAAAAAGAGCUAUCUGGACAAUGACGUGUACAGCUCCCUUGGUUCCUACCGCUACACCCCCCGGGUUGGAUCCCCCCUCUCCAUUGAUGACCCAGUACAGCGUGUCAGGCAGCAAAACUACAUCUCCCGCUGGAACGACAUGUUCUCUCAGGACCGUCUAGAUGCGAUGGACACCCUUCGCAGAUACUCGGAUGAUUACGAAAACAAUCAAAGAAUCAUCUUCUUAGCUAUUCAGGAAGCCUUCAGUGUAGCUAAGCUGGCUUUCCGUCAGUUUAAGAUGAAGGUUCGGGCUAACCUGGCAGCAACUCACAUUGGCCCUGAAACCCUGGAGGAGGCGGUACAGGAUUACAUCAACCGUAACACUGACCUCUGUGACCUCACCGGAAUGGUAGCUGAUGUUAUUCGGGCUCUGAACCGUAGCCCCAAGGUCUUCCUUCCACCAGACGCAACCUUCUCCAUUGUCCAGCCAUUCAUUCGCGAGUCCUGCAAACUCGCCUGGAACAUGAGUGCUCUGGCUCACCCUCUGGACAUCGCUGUAGCAACAGAUGCUGAGCUCUUUGACAACAACAAGUACCGCCGUAGCUACGACUCUGAGUACACAGCACCACUUGUGAACCACCACAUCUGGCCAGCCCUGAUGCAGGGGGCCAAGGUCCUGAUGAAGGGAGAGGCCUGCACCCGCAGGGGAGCUUCUCUGAUUGAGGAGAUAAAGGGUGCCUCUCGCAGAAGCAGGAGCCCCACCAGGUCAGUGAGCCCCUCCCCCAGGCCCCGCUCCAGGUCCCGUUCAGCCAGUCCCUCCCGCCGCAUCCGCAGCCGAUCCGUUAGUCCAAGCCGGAGUAGGAGUCCGUUUAGCUCUGGUGCUUGGUAAUGAGCAUCUUGUGCAACGUGCGUGCCUGUAGUGCACAUGAUCUGGGUCAUCUAGGACUUGAUGUUUAUUUUUAAAAAGUUUAGAACUUUAAUUAGAUCACCUCAUUCAUAUAUGGCUUGCUAAUUUCUAUUAUUUGAUCAUUGCUUUAUUUUGUUUAUGAAAAUUAUUACAGCAGAUUUAUGAUGGUUUUUUUUUUUUUUAAGAAUUUCAAAAGAAGCUGAAUCAGUGUUUGAGUAUAGUUAAGAUUUUUGUAUACUGAUGAUUUUGUGUGACUAUUAACCUAAUUGUAAUAUCGUUGUCAAGUUAUUUAUUGUCAAUUUAGCUAACGGUUGUAGAAUCCAUGCACCAUUUGUCUAGCUGAAAAUUCUGUUUUUCUGUCGCUAAAAUCUAUAGCAGGAAUGAGGUGAAUCUUUGCCAUCUUUGGAGUUACCACGGUAACAGGGUUACAAAAGUGCAGAACAUGGAACCAUGGGAGAUAACUAUGUUUUACCAUGUUAUCGAAUCAAAUCCAUUGUUGCUGCAUCUACUUCUGUGAUAAAUUUUAACCUAGAAUUAACAAAUUGAUAUUUCAUACUUUGUGUAUUUCUCUUUCUUUGAUUUACUCAUAUUUUGCCCUCUAAUAUAAGCUUUUAACAAAAGAAAUGCUUUAUUCUAGCUUUAUACUUUCUUGAUAUAAAAUUGUUUUUUGAAAAUCACUGUAUAUAGUCUCUUCUCACUUGUUUUAGUUACCUGUCCAAUAAAUCUAACACACUUAGCAUAAAAUGUUAUAUAACAAAUGUUAUAUAACAUUUACAGUGAACAUCUACGUUUGGCCAAAUUUCAUUUCUUUGGGUGUACUGUUUUGGGGAACUGUAAUUUUUUUGGUGCUUGUGAAAUUUCAUAUCCAUCUCUGCUGUGAUAUUUUUGAGUUUGAACUAUUAAAUUAAAUAGUUCACUUUUUCCGUCCAUUAUUUCAUGUUUUUGCUAUAUAUUUUAUAUAAUAUCAUUGCUUAAGGUAUGGAGAGUAUUUUUGUUGUAGAGACACUUGUUUAGAAGUUUUAUCCCUGUAAAAGCAAGUUGUGUAUUUUUAUUACACCAUCAGUAUUUUUGACAAGUUGGAACUGCUUGGUUUUAAUUUUACAAAAUUCUUUUUAAUUAAGAAUACAUUUAUCUCUAUUUUUUACCAAGGUUUUCUUUUAAUAAUCUCUCAAGAGAACAAAAAAAAAACAACCCCGUUGAAUUUUAUAAAGUUAACACCAGGCAAAUCAUCAUUUGGAAGUCUGAAAUGAAUGUUGACAUGAAGAAAGUGAAAGUAGUCAACAAAUUCCAACAUGUAUUUAUCUAUUACUGUGAUCUAAUUCGAUUGAUAUGUUUAAGUGUAUUUAAAUAGUAAAUUAUGUGUAGUCAAAUAUAUAAUAAAUUUGUGGAAUUGCU